GUAACAAGGGCUUUGUUGGUUUUGUUUUCUGAAGCAACAAAGCCCAGUCAAAAAUCUUGUCAUCUCAUCCCUAACCUGAAGGCAAAAGAGAACAGUCAAAAUGCAGUAGGAAAAGUUUUAUGUUACUUCCACAAAAUUGUUCUUAACUCUUAACUAACUAUCCUCCAACAAAACCAUAAAAUCACGUUCGUUCGCAAUUUCGUUAUCGAAGUUCUCAUUCUGCUCUUUCUGUUCCUUCGUAUCUCUCAUCUUAUCUGCGCAGUAACAGGUCAAUGGUUUCUUCUUCUUCGAUCUCUCUCAAACCCUUCACUAAUUCUGUUUCCAUUUCGAACCCCACUCAGAGCACACUUUCUGGAAAGAAUUGGGAUAGCUUGGUGUUUAGCAAGUCGGCCAAUUUUAGAACAAAUAAACUGUCGUGUCGUGUGGACAACGACGGGUUUAAGCUUAGUUGCUCGGUUGAUAGAGAGAUGGAUGUGAGAACUUCUGCUUUGGUGGAUGAUGAUUUUUCUGAGUGUUUAAGUGAAGUGGAGCUAAGGGAGCCUAGUAUUUCAACCAUGGUGAUGAAUUUCGAGAAUAAGUUUGAUCCUUAUGGUGCAGUUAGUGCACCGCUUUACCAGACUGCUACUUUUAAGCAGCCAUCUGCAAUAGAAAAUGGUCCCUAUGAUUACACCAGAAGUGGAAAUCCUACUAGAGAUGCUUUAGAAAGCAUUCUUGCAAAACUUGAUAAAGCGGAUAGAGCCUUUUGCUUCACCAGUGGAAUGGCUGCUUUGACCGCUGUUGUUCACCUUCUUAAAAGCGGUGAGGAAAUUCUUGCCGCUGAUGAUCUGUAUGGUGGAGCAGAUAGGUUGCUGUCCCAAGUAGUUCCCAGGAGUGGGGUUUUGGUGAAACGGGUAAAUACAAGUGAUUUAAAUGAGGUCGCAUCUGCCAUUGGAUCCAAGACCAAGCUUGUAUGGCUGGAGAGUCCAACCAAUCCCCGGAUACAAAUUUCUGAUAUUCGAAAAAUAGCAGAGAUGGCUCAUGCACAUGGUGCUCUUGUGUUGGUGGACAAUAGUAUAAUGUCACCUGUAUUAUCCCAGCCAUUGGAACUUGGAGCAGAUAUUGUCAUGCACUCAGCAACAAAGUUUAUUGCUGGGCAUAGUGAUAUUAUGGCUGGUGUGCUUGCUGUGAAAGGUGAAAGGUUGGCAAAAGAAAUAUAUUUUUUACAAAAUGCGGAGGGCUCAGGCUUAGCUCCAUUUGACUGUUGGCUAUGUUUGCGAGGAAUCAAGACAAUGUCCCUUCGAGUUGAGAAGCAACAGGAGAAUGCACAGAAGAUUGCCGAGUUUCUUGCUUCCCAUCCGCGAGUGAAGAAAGUAAACUAUGCUGGUUUGCCUGGUCAUCCUGGACGGGAUUUACACUAUUCUCAGGCAAAAGGUGCAGGAUCUGUGUUUAGCUUUUUGACAGGUUCACUUGCCCUCUCAAAGCAUAUUGUUGAAACCACCAAAUACUAUAGCAUAACCGUUAGUUUUGGCAGUGUAAAAUCCCUCAUCAGCUUGCCUUGCUUCAUGUCACAUGCUAGCAUACCUGCUGCAGUCCGCGAGGCCAGAGGUUUAACCGAAGAUCUUGUUCGUAUAUCCGUUGGUAUUGAGGAUGUGGAUGAUCUGAUUGCUGAUCUAGACAAUGCAUUUAGAACUGGGCCUCUGUAAUUUAGAUGAACUGUAUGGUUGUUUUAAAUAACGAAAAAUAUGUUUGUCAUUAUGAAACAUGGUUAUCCUAAUUGUGGAGCCUCUAUGGGGACUGAAAACUUCAAUGUAUUAAUCCAAAUCUUUUGUAAUAUUGGAGAUGUAGUUGUAUGUAGAAUAUUAAAAUUUUCAGAAACACUAUUCUACUGGAUGC